UCUCCAGCCGCCCUGCAGGUGUCCAUCUCCUUGAACAAAGUGGAGUUAAGCGUCGGAGAGUCCAAAUUCUUCAUCUGCACAGCUAUCGGCGAGCCGGUGAGGCUGGAUUGGUACAACCCCCAGGGCGAGCGCAUCGUCCAAUCCAAGCGGAUGGCGCUGCACUCGGAGACGUCGCGGUCCAGGCUCAUCAUUUACAACGCCAUCAUCGAGGAUGCCGGUAUCUACCGCUGCCAGGCCACAGACGCCAGCGGUCACACUGAGGAGGCCUCGGUCGUGCUGGAGAUCUACCAGAGGCUGACGUUCCAGGAUGUUCAGUCACCGCAGGAGUUCCGCCACGGCGAGACGGCGGAGGUGGUGUGUGAUGUCAUUAGCUCCCCGGUGCCCGUGGUGGUGUGGUACUACCAGGAUAAGGAAAUCACAGAGGAGCACCGCAACAAGUUCCAGGUGCUGGCGAACAACAACCUGCAGAUCCAUCAGGUGAACAAGGCCGACGAGGGCGUGUACCGCUGCGAGGCGAGCGUGGAGGCCCGAGGCGAGAUCGACUUUGUGGACAUCGCUGUCGUGGUCAACGUCCCUCCGGUGCUGUCCGUGUUCCAGCAGACCUUCAACGCCACGGCCGACUACCAAGAAUCCGUCACGUUUACUUGCAUCACCUCUGGAUCCCCGGACCCCGUGGUCACGUGGCACAGGAAAGGGCAGCAGCUGGAGCCGUCGGAGCAGCACGUCUUCAACCGGCUGGACGGCGGCCGCGGCAUGUUGACCAUCCACAACAUCCGGCAGGGGGACGGGGGCGCCUACACCUGCAAGGCCACCAACAAGGCAGGGUCCCAGGACAGGGAGCUGUUCCUCAAAGUGUUCGUCCAGCCUCACAUCACCCAGCUGCAAAACGUGACAGCCGUGGAGGGCAGCGCCGCCAUGAUCUCCUGCGUGGCCGAGGGCGAGCCUCUGCCCGACAUCUCCUGGAGGAGGGCCAGCGACGGCCAUGCCUUCGUGGAAGGGGACAAGAGGCAGGACGGACGCUUCGAGGUCCGCGGUCGCCACGGCAAGUCGGUGCUGACCAUCAGCGGCGUGCGGCUCGCCGACCUGGGCCGCUUCGACUGCGAGGCGCUCAGCCGGAUCGGAGGUCAUCAGAAGAGCAUGUUCCUGGACAUCGAGUAUAUACCAAAGUUCCUGACCAACCACACCAUCUUUUACUCGUGGGAGGGGAACCCGGUGAACAUCAGCUGUGACGUGAUGUCCAACCCUCCCGCCACCAUGCUGUGGAGGCGGGAACGCCUCACCAUCUCCGCGGAGCCAACCGCCAACACGCGGGUGCACAGCACGGAGGGCAAGUCUGUGCUGGAGGUGACUCCGAUGUCCGACAGGGACUUUGGCCGCUACAACUGCACGGCCAGGAACAACAUUGGAGUUCGAUACCAGGAGUUCAUCCUGGCGCAGGCAGACGUGCCAUCGAAUCCGUACUCCGUGCGCCUCUCGGCCGUCUCCCAGCGGCUGGCCACCGUCACCUUCAUGAAGCCCGACUCGCACGGCGGCGUGCCCAUCAGCUACUACCUGGUGCAGUACAAGGAGACGGGCUCGCAGGAGUGGAGGGACCUCAAGUCGCACAGUGUUCAGACGACAGUGGUGCUGACGGUGCUGGAGCCCAACACCACGUACGAGGUCCGAGUGGCGGCCGUCAACGGCAAAGGUCAGGGAGAGUUCAGCCACACGGAGACCUUCCAGACUCUGCCCAUCCGGGAACCGAGUCCGCCGGCGGUCCACGGGCAGAGGGGAAUGGGCAAGGCCUACCGGCUGGGGCUGGUGAAGCAGGACGACGGAGGGAUGCCCAUCGUGGAGUAUAUCGUCAAGUACAAGACGGAUAAGGAGGAGCAGUGGAUGACCAAGCUCGUUCCCGGAGCCAACGACUUCGCGAUGCUCCAGCCGCUGCAGUGGAACACGAGAUACGAAGUGGAAAUCACGGCGCGCAAUGUCAAGGGCCUGUCGGAGCCGACCUUCUAUCAGUUCUUCAUGCCACAGAAGCCUGAUAUUACAGCAGAAUCCCUGUUCAGCGGCAUGGGCCUGGGGGCGGUGGUGGGCCUUGGCUUCGGCGCGCUCCUGCUGCUGCUCGUGCUGGUGGACGUCAGCUGCUUCUUCCUGCGUCACUGCGGCCUGCUGAUGUGCAUCACGCGCACGCUGUGCGGCAAGAAAACAGCCACCAGCGGCAAGGGCAAAGAAAUGGAGGAGGGCAAGGCUGCCUACCUGAAGCUACCGUUGAAGGAAGAAAAUGGAAAAGAGUCUCUCAAGCCGGAUACGAUUGAAAUCAAAGUGCACAGUGACAACAGCCUCCGACCAAAGCCUGACGACAGCAAGGCGUAA